UUGGGAGCACUCGCUGUCACCAAAUCCCAUCGAUUUCUCUUCAGGACAUCUGUUACAGGAAGUGGAGCACUGUGUACCUGGAAUUCUACGGGGCGAAGAAAGAUGUCGCAAAAAGCAGAGAAGAAUCACCUGAAUCAAAUCCUCGGUUCCCAACUCUGCACUAUCCAUGAGACCCUUCAGGUUUUGGAUCAAGCUGCUCCUUCUUCCUUAGACAAAGUGAGCUGGGACGAAAUAAUAAAGAUGGGCGACCAGGUCUCAAAACAGGCUACCAUAGCUGGAAUGCUUUGGACUGGACAAAAACCAGAGGUAAAAGCAAUGGAGGAAACUAUGACAUCAUACUUCAACACGUUACAAGGUUUCCUAUUGCUUUCCCAUGGAAGUACAGUAGGUGCGGGGCCAACACUGUCUUCCUGUAUUCAUGCUUCUGUGAAGCAAGUUGUUGAUUCCAGUUUUAGGCUGAUGAAGGAAUUUGUGUCUUUAUACGGAUCUCAAGGGAAGGAUCAGCAACUAUCAAUCUCUCAAUUAGCUGGUGUAGUAUGGGAAGCAUGUGCUGCUCUUAAAAAGACUCCAUCAACAAAUAUUACAGCAAUUGGGCGAGGAAUGACGCAGGUUGCUGUUUCAAUGAAGGAUGUUCUUCGCGAGCUGAAAGAAUUGAGGCCUGAUGCAUCUGAUGAAGUUUCCGACAGUGAUGGUGAACUGGGGAAUGACCUUUCACCUGAAGAAAUGAAAAUUGCCCAAGCAGCAAUUGUAGUUGUAUCAGAUACACUUUCAGUCGUAAAGGAGCUCAUCCGCUGCAUCUCAGGCCUGCUUAAGCUGGAAAAGCCGGGUGACAAUGGUGAUUUUGUAGAUUCACUGGAGAAACUGUUGAAGCUGUGUCAGGAUCUUGGUUUACAGAUUGAUGAAAUUGGAGCUUGCCUCUAUCCCCCACAAGAGGUCCCCGCCAUAGAAGCAGCUAUAAUGAAAAUCCAGAGUGUUAUUGAUGAUAUGCAAAGUGUAUUAGGAGGACUCGGAGGAGCAUCAGACACAUUCCUUGAGGCAUGUAAUGUUCUAAGGAGUUCACUGAGACAGCUUGCAUCUGAAUUAAGUAGUUCUGCUACUGCUGAUAUAGAAGCCAAAGUGGAAAACAUUUCGUUAAGCAAUUAAGAAGCCCUGGCGGAAUGUUUGGUAGUACCGUGUCGAUAUUAUGCAUUCGAUUUUGAUUUCGCAUAAUUAGAAAUGUUUUUUUUUUUUUCCUUCCACAAGAUACUUCUGGUUUUGACUUGUUAUGUAAAGGCGAAAAUUUGGGAUCCACAGUUCACCAUGUGAGUUCUACAUAUACAGGAUGAAUACAUGCCAUUUAGUCCAAGAAUUUCUUUGGGAACUGAA